CGUAGCCGGAAGUGGCGGCGUGACGUCAGAAGGAAGAUGGCGGCGUACAUGAAGUGAGAGGGCAGAGCGGGCACAGAAUGAGAGGAACGGCAGGGAUGUGUCUCGCACAGAUCCACAGAACAGUUACUGGGUCACCAACAGCUUGCCGACUGCUCCAGAUAUGCCGCAACAAGACCGAUCGCUGGCUUCUUUUUCAUCCUGCGAAACGCAAGUUGGUGACACAAUGUGGGGUUUUAUGUCAGAGAGCGAAGCCGAGAACAGACUUGGCGGACUCUGCCGUUCCGGAAGACAAUGUACAGCGGGAGGUGAAGACGAUAUCCAAUGUACUCAGCGUGCCAGGCAAAGAUCCUUCCACAGAUACGGCCGCUCCGGAAGAGCCAGCCACCGGUGACAAACUCUGCGAUCAGUUCCCCAGCUCCGAGGACAGCAAAGGCUGGAAGGAGAUCAAAGUGGACCUGUCUACCCUGCCUGGGAUUUUGGCUCGACUGUCAAAAAUCAGACUCUCAGCCCUAGUGGUGAUCACCGCAUCAGCCGGCUAUGCAAUGGCUCCCGUGCCCUUUGACCUCAGCUGCUUCCUGUUGGCCUCUGUUGGUACUGGCCUGGCUUCCUGUGCAGCCAACUCCAUCAACCAGUAUUUUGAGGUGCCGUUUGACUCCAACAUGAACAGAACAAAGAGCCGGCCGCUGGUACGAGGACAGAUCAGUCCUCUUCUGGCAGUGUCCUUCGCUGCAGCGUGCGCCAUCCCGGGGAUCUCCAUACUGACUCUGGCCGUUAAUCCUCUGACCGGGGCUCUGGGUGCCUUCAACAUCUUCCUGUACACCUGCUGCUACACUCCUAUGAAGAGGCUGAGUAUCGCCAACACCUGGGUGGGCUCUGUGGUGGGUGCCAUACCGCCUAUAAUGGGCUGGACUGCUGCGACCGGCAGCCUGGAUCCUGGUGCUCUGCUAUUAGGUGCCAUCCUCUACUCCUGGCAGUUCCCUCACUUCAAUGCCCUGAGCUGGAACCUGCGAGAAGAUUAUUCCCGGGGAGGUUACCGAAUGAUGUCCGUCACCCACCCAGACAUGUGCCGACGGGUGGCCUUACGGCACUGCCUAGCUCUCAUAGGACUGUCUACCUUAGCCCCAGUCUUGGAUGUAACCACAUGGAACUUCCCCAUCAUCUCCCUGCCACUCAACUUGUAUAUUUCUUACCUGGGUUACCGCUUCUACCGAGAUGCCGACCGCAACAGCUCCCGGAAACUCUUCUUCUGUAGCUUGUGGCAUCUGCCCACGCUGCUUCUGCUUAUGUUAACCUGCAAAAAGUCUGUGGUAGGAAAGAAAGAUAAGGACCGAGAUCUCAGUUAAAUGGGAGACAGAAAGGACAUGAAAACUGUGGGGGUCAUAACGGAUCCCGAUCGUCUAAUACUGUAUAUGGACAGCGGAGAGUCUGGUGUGAUGGCCAGACUUGUCCGAUCUUGGCAGAGGAACUGCUACCUCCAGGCCACACGAAUGGCCGGCCACGUGAAAGUAAUCAGAACGGCAACGCUCUCCAAGGAGUAAACAGAACCGUAUUUCAGGAACACAUGGCAAGCCUCAAUCUGCUGCUUCUCUGUCUACUUUUCCAAUAAACAAAGUAAAUUGAUGAUGACAAGGCCACACUCAUUCACUGAACCAACCUGGCUGCAGACGAUGAAAUGAUGCCGACGCACGCAGAUGUAUCACCUGAGUGACAGAAUUAUGUCUGCGUCAUCACAUCGCUUCCCACAAACCCGUAUUAUACAAUCAGGUCUAUGCAGCG